AUGGCAAGUGGAAAAGAGACGAGCCCAGGACCCUCUCGUAGGCGGAAAAGAGAUGAGUCCUAUGAAGAUGAUGACAUUGAUGACAACCGUAGCCCAGAGCGCCAGAGACGUCGGCACUCCGGGCACCGCAGCAGCCGCAGUCGACAUAGGAAGAGCAAGAAGAUUAAAGAAAACGUGCCAUUAUAUGUUCAUAAGUCAGUCAAUGUUAGGGGCUACACGAUUGUAGAAGUGUUUACGAAACCGGUGUAUAGUGGGGAUUUGUUUAUCGAGCCAAAUGAACCGUCGCCACCUCCACAAAAUCUGGAAACCGAGGGGCUAGACGAACGAUUGGGUGUAUCAGCCGGGUUCUCGGAGGAACCUCCCGGGCCAGAACAAGUACCUGGGCCCUCGUCAGCGUCGCUUCCGGUGGAACCAGUACCUGGACCCUCGUCUGCGUCGUUUCCGGUGCAACCAGCGCCAGGACCCUCAUCGGCGACGGAGCCUGCCGUAUUCGCCGAGCCCGCCAUUGCACCAGAACAGCUCGAAGUCGAACUAAUUGACCCGGAGCUACUUCAAAUCUUAGGUGAUUUUGUUCCUGAGGCGACGGAAUGGGGCGAGGAAAUUAACGACAAUUUGUCAAAAAUAUUGACGCCUAUUUUAAGAGAUGGGCUCAAAAAAGAGAUUAAGGAGGAAAUUUUGAAAAAUAAUUUACUACCAGGGCCCACCGCCCCGUUAUUUUCAGCGCAAUACAAGAGCGCCGCUGAACCGCAACGGUGGUCCGCUAGCCCCCCCUCCCCCGCAGACAUCGGCGCGCCGCCGGUAACCGGCCCCGCCGCGUCGCCGAUCCUCGGCGCAGGCGCCGACGCGCACGCGCACAGCGCGUUAUCCCCACUACACGAUUCUAGCCGAGCGUCGCGCCGACGCUAG